AAUCUCAAAAAGAAAAGCUGCCCAACGCCACAACUAAAUAAAUUCCAAACCUCACGACGAUACACAGGAAAAUAAGAAACGAAAAGCGAGACCGAGACGGGGUUUCCGAUUCGAUCUCUGAAGACAUGGACAGCAAUUUCUCAGGGGCGAUUGCAAAAUUGAGAGGAGCGUCGGACGAUGAGAUCUCGAUGGGGCAGCGCGGCGAUUUGAUGAAGCUCAAUAGCUCCGAGGAACUCGAGGAUGAUGUGUCGGACGGUGAUAUCUCGGUCACCGAUCAUACUGAUUUGGUCCUGGAGGAGCCAGAUCGCCUCGGGAAAAAACCCGGCAAGGACAUUCCACACCCCGCAAAACCAGACAUCAGUGCUGCUGCAGCCAGUAUCAACCCUAAAUUAGCCGCCCUUUCUCUGGGAAACCGAGGGAAACGGUUGUGCUCUGGACCUAAAGGUCGUAUUUCUCAAAGGCGCAAUCGAAAAGAAAAGGGAGCGUCCAUUGGUCUAGGCAUCAAGUCCAAAGAACCAAAGGCUAUUGGAGUAUCAGACAAAAACAAUAAAAAAGUGGCUGCAGUUGCUUCUUCUACUUCUGUCGUCACCGAAAGAGGAGGAUGUCAGAUCUGCGGUCAUGAUCACCAGCACAUCCGUUGCCCAUACUUGGAGGUGGUUCCACCUGGCGGAACUGUUGGCCCUGACUAUCUAGUAGUAUGUGGCGAAUGUGGUUAUGAGUUAAAGCAGCCUAUUCCGGCUUCUUGUUGGUCGUGCGGUUAUUUUGGAGGACGUGUGGUGGGGGCGUCUACCUUUGAUUAUAGCUUUCGUUACCACCUAGAUGAAUAUUAUAUAGAAGUACCAGUUACGGCAGAGUACAUGGACCCAGGCAAUUACACAGAUCAAAAACCUGUAAUGGCAGAGUCCUUAUGGUAAGUUAUUUGUGCAAGUAAAUUUGCUUCACUAGUGAUUUGACUCAUGACAAGUUAUUUAAGCGGGCAUGUUAUUAAGUUUCACCUGUGGGAAGAUGCCAAGAGAACAUGGCCUCUGUUUUAGUUGAGCUUUUAACAAUGUGUUGGUUGCUCUGGUUAAAGAUAUUGGCUCCAGAAGUGGAUUUGGUUGCAGUAACUUAAACACUACUUGAUGGACCCUUAAUGUAGUUUUUAUUUUUUACUCUCUCCAUAAUGGUUGCAGGAUUUCAUUUUUUGCCUAUGUAGUUUCUGUUUUUGUACACAUGUUUUGUCUUGAUAUAUCUUUUUCUUUUAUC